UUCUAUCUUUUUCUCCAAUUAAUGCGAUUGCUUUAGAGUGUUUUGGAUUACAGAGUGUAAAGGUUGGUGGAUUCGUUGGAUCCAGAUCCACUGUCGUGAUGGUUUUUCCUAUUCGACCUACCUCGAUUGUGAUAGUUACGUGAUAGGACAAAAGUACAACAAAGUAGGCGCCGAUGUUGCAUAACGUAGUUUUCGACUUGACUCGGAGCUAAUAACUUUUUACCCCCUAACUUUUCCUUUUAUUGAUCUCCGGUUGUUACAUCGCUUAAUUCGGUCAGGAUGGUUUUAAAUGUAUUUGUUCAAAUCGUGCAGAACAUUUGAAAAUUGAAAUCUUUAAUAUGUUAUGAUUUUGUCUGCUUUCAAAUGGUAUUCAAGUAUUCAUACAGUCUUAGAGAAGGUAUUUUGAUCCUGUGUCUCCGGUUGAUGCAAGAUUAGUCCCUGAACUAAGAUCGCAGAUGUUGGAGAAUUGAAAAAUUUAGGCAAAAAAAAUUUCUUCAUAGGUUUGUAGUAAUUGUCCUCUCUCUGUACGUAAGAGAUAAAGAGUUUUCUUCCAACGGAGGUGAUUCUUGCAGGACAUUUAGAAAAUUUACUGAAGAUAUGGGGGAAAAAGUAGAGGAGAUUGUGGAGAUACGAGGAAAAGGAGAGGAAAUAAGUUGUAAGAUAUCAUAAAGGUCUACUUGAGAAAGGUUGAUUUUCAUUUGGAAAUUCAUUGAAAUAAUCACGCCUCCUAAUUACAUACAUCAAGAGUUCUCUAUGGCAGACAAUCAAGAAUUUCUUGCUAUUUAAAGUUCCUCUUAGAUGGGAAAUAACCCAUAUGUCUGAUUAUGAUCUCAAUAAAUUCACCUAACGUUGUUGUGGACAAUUAGGAUUGUUAUUUGGUUGGAAGUACCUAUAAGAACUCCCCUCACCUAAUUUUCUUCAACCUAACUCUUUGUUAGUUCAAAUAGAACUUUCAAUUGAGAAAACCAGCCUGCUUAGAAAUAUGGCCGGAAAGUCUAAAAUUUGUUAAAAUGUCCUUGAAGAACAGGAAAAAAGAUAAUAGUGAAAAAGUUGGCCAAUAUAGAAUAAACUGACACGCUAGAUACCAUAAAGAUAUAAUAUCAAAACCCAGGAAAGAUGAUAGCAUGACAAUAUUGAUGGCAUUUCAAGCGAAAGAGAUUGAAGUUAUAGGUUUGACAACAAUAUUUGGUAAUGUCAGCACAGAAGAUGCUACUCGCAAUGCUUUGUUACUGUGUGAGAUAGCAGGACAUACUGAAGUUCCAGUUGCAGAAGGUAGCCCUGAGCCUCUAAAGGGAGGAGAGCCACGCAUUGCUGACUUUGUCCAUGGAUCUGAUGGUCUUGGGAAUAUAUUUCUCCCACCACCUAAUGGUAAAAAGCAUGAUAAAAGUGCUGCUGAGUUUUUGAUUGAUAAGGUUUCUGAGUUUCCUGGCGAGGUAUCUAUACUUGCACUUGGACCUCUUACGAACUUAGCUUUGGCCAUUAAAAAAGAUGACUCCUUCGCAAAGAACGUGAAAAGAGUGGUUAUACUGGGUGGAGCUUUUUUUGCAUCCGGUAAUGUGAAUCCUGCUGCUGAAGCAAAUAUCUAUGGAGAUCCCGAAGCAGCUGACAUUGUAUUUACAUCUGGAGCUGAAAUUGCUGUUGUUGGCAUUAACAUCACCACUCAAGUCACUUUAACAGACGCAGACCUGAUGGAGCUAAGAAAUUCUAAAGGGAAGUAUGCACAAUUCGUAUGUGAUAUGUGCAAAUUCUACAGAGACUGGCAUGUCAAAUCCGACGGUGUUCAUGGGAUUUUCCUACAUGACCCUGUAAGCUUUGCAGCGCUAGUUCGCCCGGAUCUUUUCUCCUUCAAGAAGGGUGUUGUGAGAGUUGAGACGCAAGGCAUUUGUGUUGGACAUACAUUAAUGGAUCAGGGAUUGAAAAAGUGGAAUUCAACCAACCCUUGGUCUGGCUACUUGCCAAUCUCGGUCGCAUGGACAAUUGAUGUUCCGAUGGUUCUUGCAUAUGUCAAAGGCCUGCUUAUGCAAGUAUGAUUAGUCGACUUUCCUUAGUUUUCGUCCCGGAAUAUGGAGAUUUCAUUGCCUUAUGAGCAAAAAUGUCGGAAUCUAAAUUGUCAAUCUGCGGAAUCCAAGUAUACUUAACUGAUUCAUACGCUAUUUACUAAAUGAAUGGCUCUUCAAAAGUUUGAACAUAGCAACAUUAGCACAUUCA